UUUUUCUGUUAUGGUGUUUAUGUGGUUUUUAAUGUAAAUUGCUUUAGGUAUACUGUGGGAAAGUAUGCUUCGAUAUUGCGAGAGCUUAAGGUGACUGAUUUUGAUCCUAUGGAGAAGUUUUGGACGAGGUUUCCCCCUGAGGGGUCGGAAAUUACGCCUCUGCAUCUGUCCACCGAGUUUCGGUGGAAGGAUUAUUGCCCAGUUGUCUUUAGGAAAUUACGCGAGCUAUUUCAAGUGGAUCCUGUGGAUUACAUGUCUGCCAUUUGUGGAAGUGAUUCUCUAUUUAUGAUAAAGACUGUCAAGAAAUCAGAAGUCAAGGCAUGGGCUGGUACUCCAAAUGAAGGAGCUGCACGGCUUCGGCUACAAAGGCUAGCCGAUACUUGGCACCGCAUGCUUUUCAAUAUCCAGGUCGAUUAUUCAAAUUGCAGCUCGACUGCCAGAAGGGCCUUAUUGAUGACCAGUAGGGUUGUCGUGUCGUGUUCUUGUUCGUCGCGAGUUUCUAUGGGUUUCCCGUUUUCGACAUUGAUCUCCAUUUUCGAUGGUUGA